AUGAACAACGAAAGUAUAUUGACAUUACCAUCACAUAUUCUACCGAGAAGUAAUCACUUCAUUACCGUACCAAAAAAAUAUCCAUCAUAUAACUUGAGAAAUAUGAGUGGAUUUAGGAUUGGAGAUGUUGUUAAAACUGUUAGUAUAAGUCGAACACGGAAACGUAUUUAUGAAAUGAGUCCAUCAUUAAAUUUAACUUGGCCUAUUCAAAUGCUUUGUGAUACUCAAAUAAAAAAUGAACGUCGACGUAUUAUUCUCAGUUCAAUCGUUCGAAUUUAUAAUAAUACAACAUUACCAUUACUUGUUUUAAAUGUUGACUCAACUGACAUAAAAAAACAUAGUCGAGUAGCAAGACUAGAAAUCAAUCAAGAUUAUUAUGUACCAAUGGAUUUACUUUAUGCAUAUACAAGUUCACCGAUAUUUAUUGCAGUUGAUGAAGGUGAAGAAGUAAAUGAUUUUUUUUCAUUUGAUUGGGAUAAAGAAUUUUCAACAGAAAGAAUAAUAAAAUUAAAAAGUGGAAAUCAAGCUAAUUUUACUGUAAAAAUUCUUUCAACAAAUUUUCAAUUUGUAAUUUUUAUAUAUUUGAAGGUUUUUAAAGAAUUAACUGAUGCUUAUUCAGAAAAUACUGAUCAAAUUAAUCGAACAAGUUUUAAUCUUUAUAUUCAUCCAGCACUUCAUUUAACUAAUCUUUUACCGAUUGAUAUUGAAUGUUCAAUUGAUAAUGUCGAACAAUUUGCUUUAAAACCAAGUCAAUUAUAUUUAGUUACAUCUGGUAGUAGAAGUUCUUCAUUACUUUUUACUAUUCCAUCAUAUGAUAAUAUAAAAUGGAUAUCUGAACCGGUGGAUUUAAAAGUAGAAGGAAAAGGUGAUUUUAAUGAACAUAUUGUUAUCUUUCGUAAUAAAGCUGCUUCUAAUCCUCAACAAAUACUAAGAAUGGUUUUACGUGUUGAUACUUUUCAUGAAUCUUAUCGUUUAUUAUUUUAUUCAUCAUUGUGGAUUCUUAAUCGUACAGAUCUUAAACUUGAAUUUCAAAUUGAAAAUAAUCGAACAUUUAUUGAUGUUAUUGAAAGACCACAUUUAGUAUGUCCAGAAAAAAUUGGCAGUGAAGCAAACAAAAAAGGACAAAUUUGUGUAUAUGGUGUUGAUCAAGGUGAUGCUGCAGCAAAAUGGUCAGAAAAAUUUUCUCUUGGUGUUAUUAAAAGUACAGGUUUGACAAGUUGUAGAGUACCAAAUGAUCAAAUAUAUAUGAUUUGUGUGGAUAUUGCAACAAGUUCAUUUGGUUUAACAAAACUUGUUACACUUUCACCAGCAAUGGUUGUUAUUAAUAAAUCAACUGUUGGAAUUGAAGUAGUGGAAACUGUAUCUAAUGAAGAACAAGGCAAAUGGGAAACAAUUAAUCCUGAACAAUUAAUUCCAUUUUGGCCACGUAAUAUAAAAGAGAGUGUAAUGCGUGUUCGUUACACACAUAACCAGAUAACAUCAAGUCCAUUUAAUAUGAAUCAAAAACAUCGAACACUUUUACGCAUGGAGGAUGAAGAAUGUCCAGCAAUUUAUGUUGAAGUGGCAGCAACAGAUUUUGAUAGUGUCAAAGUUAUUUUUGAAGAUUAUAAAAUUGGUGAUGCGCCUUUACUCAUUGUAAAUUCUUUAGAAAACGAACCUGUUUCGUUUUGUCAAGUUAAUGAUGUACGAACACAAAUUUUGCCACCAUCAAAUUAUGUUUAUUAUACCUGGACAGAUCCAAUAUUACCAAGAGAAUUAACAGUAUCAUGCGGAUCUAAAUCCGAGAAAAUAGGAUUUACUGUCAGGGGCGUAAAUGUUCCAGCAGCACCUUCACUUAAAAUUGAUGCUGAUUUAGAAGAGUUUCGAAUAAUACUUGCAUCAAAACAAGCAAAACUAUUUGAUAUACAAGUUCAAGGUGUCAAAGCUUAUGUAUCACAAGCACCAGAAAAGACAUUAGUCAAUUUAAUUCUAUCCGAUUUAUGUAUUUUGGAUCCAUAUAAAGAUGCACGAUAUCGAAAAAUUAUUUCUCAACAAGGCGAUGAUAAAGAAUUACUUCGUGUUGAUUUAUCUCUAUUUAAUUAUCCUGAAGGAUAUCAAAAAGCUAUUGAUGUUUUUGAUUGUGAUGUUAAAGUUCAAUUUGCUAAAGCAAAUAUUGUUUUUCUUUUUAAACAUAUCGAUGCAAUUUUGGGUUUUCUUGAUUCAUUAAAUAUAACAAAAGCAGCACUUAAUAUAGCCUCAACACAAGCUGAUGCUGCUUAUGAACAAGUACAAAAAUUACAAGAACAAGCAUUUAAAGUUCAUCUUGAUAUAACAUUUAACGCACCAAAUAUUAUUAUUCCAACAAAUUCAUAUUCUGACCAAGCACUUUUUCUUGAUUUAGGUAAAUUAAUAUUAAAAACAAAUUUUUAUGAUGAUCCAAGAAAAUCUCUUGUUGAACAACAAAAUAUCCGUUUCGAAAAUAUGCUUGCUAGUCGUGUUAAACUUGAUCGAGAUUGUAAUAUACUUGGUGAAGCUAUUUUACUUGAAUGUGCGGAAUUAAACACAUUAAUUAAUCGCUUACUUUAUCCAGACAAAGUUAAAACUGAACCAGGAGUUUCAAUUAAAGUUGAUUGGAAAUUAGUUCAUUUUCAAUUAGCAAAAGAUGAUUAUUCAUGUGUUAUGAGAGUUCUAAUGGAAAAUUUUUCAGAAAAUAUUCGUGAUCAAAUACCUGAAGGUUUUCAAAAUGAACAAUAUCGUUAUAGGCAAGAAGCACAAGAAAAAGAAGAAGAAAAAUUAAGAGCUGCUGUUAUUAAGAAACAAAAAGAAUCUUGUGGUACUGAAGUAUUACCGACACUUAAACUUCGAGCCGAAAUAAAAAAAUUAGCAUUGACACUUUAUCUUGGAGAAUCAGACAUGAGUGUUCGUCGUGGACCACGUAAUGAUAAUUUAAAAUUAGCCAAUGUUCAAAUUGAUACUUUUGAAGCAUUAUUUCGUCAACGUUCAGAUGGAAGUUAUAAAGCAACAGCACGUGUGAAAAAUUUCUUACUUGAUGAUUUACGUGCGACAAAUAAAUCAUCAAGUGUAACACGUAUGAUGGAUAGACAUUUUACAGUUGAUCCUAAUACUCAUAUGUUUGUUGCAUCAUUUGAAUUCAACCCAAAAAAUCAAUCACGUCCAACAGCACUUCGACAAUUAACUGCACAACUGGAAAGUCUUUAUAUAUCUAUAAGUUUGGAUUAUUUAAUGAUAUUACAAGACUUUUUUAUUUCUGGUCUACCAUCGGGUAAUGCUGAAACACCACGACAGGUUGAACAGCAAGCAAUAACAACAACGGAGCAAUCAAACAAUGAUCAAAAUCGAACAAAAAUGGAUAAGAAACCAACACCUGUCACUUCAAAAACAUCUGUAGCACCAUCAAAACCUACAACUACUCAAACCACCACUGCUUCUAAUGCCGAUACAGAACUUGAAACUCGAAUAGAUGUUAGUGUGAAAAAUCCUGAAAUAAUUUUACUUGAAGAUCAACAUAAUUCAAAUUCAAAUUGUCUUGUACUUGAUUUAGCUUUACAAUUACGUAUGAUUACUAUUGGUACUAAUACACAAUUAUAUGGCUGGUUAAAAAAUUUAACAGUUUAUAGUUCAAAUUUUGCUGAAUUAAGAGAAUCAAAUAAUUCCGGAUCAAAAAUAAAAUAUCGUAUUUUACAACCAGCUAAAGCUGAUAUAUAUCUAACAAUGGAUAAUGAACAACAAAAAAUAGAUGUACGAAUAUCGGAUAUUAUUGUUAGUAUUGCACCAGCUGCCAUUCGCACUCUUAUUGGUGUUACAAGCUCAUUAGGAACAUUACAGGCAGCUACGAAAGAGGAAACUGAAAAACUUAAUUCGAAAUCAUUAUUUAAUCCAAAACCUAUAAAAGAUGGACAUUUUUGGUUUACAAAAGAUUAUGAAAAAAAAUCCCAACAAACUGAUGAAUCAGAAACAGCUCGAGAUACUUCAUCACAACAGACAGUUGUUAAAGAAAAAGAAGAGAUACAAAAACCAUUAAUACAACAAUUAAUUUUAAUAUUGGAAACAAUUGAAGUUAAACUUGAAGUUGGAUUAGGUUCAGUAACAAAAUCUGUUGUAGCUAUGUGUUUAUCAAAUUUAACGGCUGAUGUUCAAAAUUGGUCAUCGAAUAUGAGUCUUGCAUCAACAGUAAAUGUUGAAGCAGCAUUAUACAAUGAAAAUAUGCUUAGUUGGGAACCACUUAUUGAACCAACAAUUGCUUCUGAAGGUGCACGUAUUUCACCAUGGUGUAUUACAUGCUCAAUCUUACCCGCUCUUCCAUUGACGGAAAAAACUGAAUCAUCAGUUAUAGAUGCACAAGAACGAAAAGAAGAUGUUUCAUCUUCAAAAUCUAAGCAGAUAAUACUUGUACGUGCUGAUCAAUUACUUAAUAUAACAAUAACAAAAACUGGUCUUGGUCUUGUUCAACGUUUAUCAGCUUUAUUUAAUGAUGUUUAUAAUAAACGAUUGCCACCAAGUGAUGAUGAUGAUCAACCACUGUUAUCUUUAUGUAAUGAAACAGGACGAGAAUUGUUUAUUGAUAAUUUAGAUGGACUUCAAUUUGCUAUUGAUUCAUCAUUAAAAUCAAUCACUCUUCAAACAAAUCAAUCUAUUCCAUUAAAUGUGGCUAAUGAACAUCAAACAGCUGGAAGACUUUCAGUUAUUGAUGAACAAACUUUUAAAAAACGACAAGAAUUUUCUGUUAAAAUCGGAGAUGUUGUUAAAACUGUUAGCACAAGUCGAACAUGGAAACGUGUAUAUGAAUUAGGUCCAUCAUUAAAUGCACGUUGGCCGAUUCAAAUGCUUUGUGAUGCUCAAAUAAAAAAUGAGCGUCGUCGUAUUAUUCUCAGUUCAGUUGUUCGAGUUUAUAAUAAUACAACAUUACCAUUACUUAUUUUAAAUGUUGACUCAACUGAUCCAAGAAAACAUAGUCGAAUAGCAAGAAUUGAAGUUAAUCAAGAUUAUCAUGUACCAAUUGACUUACUUUAUGCAUAUGCAAGUUCACCGAUAUUUAUUGCAAUUGAUGAAGGUGAAGAAGUAAAUGAUUUUUUUUCAUUUGAUUGGGAUAAAGAAUUUUCAACAGAAAGAAUGCUAAAAUUAAAAAAUGGAAAUCAAGCUAAUUUUAUUGUUUUCAAAGAAUUAGUUGAUGCUUAUUCAGAAAAUACUGAUGUACUUAAUCAAACAAGUUUUAAUCUUCAUAUUCAUCCAGCACUUCAUUUAACUAAUCUUUUGCCAAUUAAUAUUGAAUGUUCAAUUGACAAUGUCGAACAAUUUACUUUACAACCAAGUCAAUUAUAUUUAGUUACAUCUGGUGGUAGAAAUGCUUCAUUAGUUUUUACUAUUCCAUCAUAUGAUAAUAUAAAAUGGAUAUCUAAACCGAUUGACUUAAAAGUUGAAGGAAAAGGUGAUCAUAAUGAACAUAUGGUUAUCUUUUGUAAUGAUGCUGUUUCGGAUCCUCAACAAAUACUAAGAAUGGUUUUACGUGUUGAUGCUUUUCAUGAAUCAUAUCGUUUAUUAUUAUAUUCACCACUGUGGAUUCUUAAUCGUACAGAUCUUAAACUUGAAUUUCAAAUUGAAAAUAAUCGAACAUUUAUUGAUGUUAUUGAAAGACCACAUUUAGUUUGUCCAGAAAAAAUUGGAAGUGAAGCAAACAAAAAAGGACAAAUUUGUGUUUAUGGUAUUGGUCAAAGUGAUACAACAGCAAAAUGGUCAGAAAAAUUUUCUCUUGAUGUUAUUAAAAGUACGGGUUUGACCAGUUGUAAAGUGCCCAAUGAUCGAACAUAUAUGAUUUGUGUGGAUAUUGCAACAAGUUCAUUUGGUUUAACAAAACUUGUUACACUUUCACCAGCAAUGGUUAUUAUUAAUAAAUCAACGAUUGGAAUUGAAAUAAUAGAAACUGUAUCUAAUGAAGAGCAAGGUAAAUGGGAAACGAUCAAUCCUGAACAAUUAAUUCCAUUUUGGCCACGUAAUAUAAAAGAUAGUUUAAUGUGUGUUCGCUAUGCACAUAAUAAAAUAACAUCAAGUCCAUUUAAAAUGAAUCAAAAACAUCGAACACUUUUACGCAUAGAUGAUGAAGAACGUCCAGCAAUUUAUGUUGAAGUAGCAGCAACAGAUUUUGAUGGUGUCAAAGUUAUAUUUGGAGAUUAUAAAAUUGGUGAUGCACCUUUACUUAUUAUAAAUUAUCUAGAAAAUGAUCCUGUUUCAUUUUGUCAAACUAGUGAUGUACGAACACAAAUUUUACCACCAUCAAAUUAUGUUUAUUAUACAUGGAUAGAUCCAUUACUACCAAGAGCAUUAACGAUAUCGUGUGGAUCUAAAACAGCGAAAGUAGAACUUACUCCUCAACGUAUUGCACUUGGUCAAGAAGGUCAAUCUAAUGUAACUUAUACUGUAUUUAUUGAUGGUAUUCAAACAGUUUUACUCUUUUCUGAUGAGGAAAAAGCAAAAGAAUCAGCUUCAAAAAUACCAUCAGUAGCUGAAUCUAUGGAUCAACAUAUACAAAUUGGUAUACACGAUAUUGGUAUUUCUAUUGUUAAUGAUCUAACACGAGAAGAAAUGUUUUAUAUAAGUUUAAAUAAAUCAAAAGUUGUUUGGACUGAAAUAAAAAAGAAUCGCACUAAACCUUUAUCACGUAGUAUUAAUACAUAUUUAGAAGAACUAUAUACAACUCAUGUUGAACAGUGUGAAAUGAAUCCCGAUGAUAAGGAACUUCAAAGAAAAAAAUAUCAAAUGGAAGGAUUUCGAGAAAUUUCAUUUCAUGGUGAUAAAGCAGAAUUAAUUCAUUCAAAAUCUCAACAAAAAAUUGCUAAACGACAAGCAUUAGAUGGUCUAUGGAUUGAAUAUGCAUGGUCAGCAUCAAAUUCUGCAAUACAUCUACGUAUUAAUCGUGUACAAAUUGAUAAUCAACUUGAUUAUACAAUAUUUCCUGUUAUGCUUCAUCCAAGUGUUUCAAAAGGAACAGGAUCUGAUUAUGUUGAAAAACCAUUUAUUGAAUUAAGUGUUUAUCAGUCUAAAACAGCACAAUCAAAUAUAAUGCAAUUUAAAUAUUUUAAAGUACUUAUUCAAGAAUUUGCUGUUCAAAUUGAUCAGGGUUUAAUUGUUGCCAUUCUCAACUUUUUAAAACCAGACAAUGUUACCGCAGCACCAGCAAUCAAUAUGAAUACUGAUUUAGAACAAAUUCAAAAACCACUUCAUGAUAUCAUUAACGCACAAAUUGAAAGUCCAUCCGGUGAAACAGAAAUGUUUUUUGAUAAUAUUCAUUUAUCACCACUUAAAAUUCAUGUUAGUUUUUCGAUGCAUGGAUCAAAUCCAAGUGAAGAGUUAUUAGCUGAAUAUCCAUUAGUUGGAUUUCUUCUACAAACUUUAAACGUUGCCGAAGUACAAGAUGUUAUUUUACGUUUGGGUUAUUAUGAACGAAAAAAUGAAAAAUUUACAACAACAAAAAUAACAAAUGAAGUUUCAUCUCAUUAUCAAAAUCAAUUUAUGAAACAACUUCAUGUAUUAGUGCUUGGACUUGAUGUACUUGGAAAUCCGCUUGGUGUUAUUCGUGGUCUUGCAGAAGGUGUUGAAUCAUUUUUCUAUGAGCCAUAUAAAGGUGCAAUUGAAGGUCCAUUAGAAUUCGCUGAAGGUGUAGCAACUGGUUUUAAAGCAUUAUUUGGUUCAGCUGUUGGUGGUGCUGCUGGUGCUGCAUCAAAAAUAACUAGUGUGUUUGGAAAAGGUUUAGCAAGUUUAACAUUUGAUGAAGAUUAUAAGAUUUCACGUAUUCGACGCAAAGAACCGGGAGUGACUGCUACAACACAUAUUGCUAUAGGAGGAAAGAAUGUUGUUAUGGGUUUUGUUGAUGGUGUUAAGGGUGUGGUAACAAAACCAAUAAGAGGAGCAAAACAUGGUGGAGCAUCGGGUUUUUUCAAAGGUUUAGGACAAGGUGUUGUUGGUCUUGUCGCACGACCAACAGGUGGUAUUGUAGAUUUCGCUAGCACAUCACUCGAUUUAAUCAAAAGAACUGCUCAACAAGAAGAAAUUGUUCGUCGUGUUCGUUAUCCACGUCAUGUUGGUCGUGACGGUGUUGUUCGACCUUACGUUGCUCAUGAAGCUAUGGGAUUUUAUAUAUUGAAUCGAUUAGAAGAUGGAAAUUAUGCCAAAUCGGAUACAUAUGUUGCUCAUAUAACUUGUUCAGAUAGUCCACUAUCUUGGUUAAUGGCAACAUCAAAACGUUUAUUAUUCGUAACUGAAAUAUCAUUUCUUGGUUUAUAUGAAAUCGAUUGGGAAAUACUCUAUGAAGAUUUAAAAGAAGAACCAACUAUAAAAAUAAACACAAAUCAAAUUCAAAUUUUAACCAAAGAACCAAAAUCAACUGGAACUAUGAAAUCGCAUCAAUCAUUUGGAAAAUUAGUUAAAUUUAAAACUAUAUCCAAUGCUAAAUAUAUUGUCGAUAAAAUUGGAAGUGCGAUGCAUAUCGCUGGUCUUUAA